AGCUUCGGAGUUGACCUGAUCUCCUUGUAUCUUUAAAAACCCAUUUACAGUGGCUGAUGUUACAGCAACACGUUUAUUCGUUGUAGUUUUCUGCACUUUGUUGGCAGCUCUCUAAGACACACCAGUUCAGUGCCUUUUCCAGCAGAGAUCAUUGUGAGAGCACAGGUCGGGAGGAUGACUGCUCGUGUGUGUUGCUUGAUGAUUGUUUUAUUGUGUCUGUUCGGAUAUUUGAGUAUAACAGAUGCUGGAAAAACAACCGUAAAGCCAGGAAAGUGUCCACCUCAAUCAUCUGGAAAUGUAUCAUGUAGCAGUUCCUGUAAGAGUGACUCCAACUGUCCCAACAAUGAGAAGUGCUGCAGCAAUGGCUCUGGAAAUUACUGUACAGCUCCAUAUACAGUGAAACCAGGUCAAUGUCCCGACCCAAAGAACAUUCCACUGUCUGCUGAAAGCUGUGUCCAUGAUGGUCAGUGUCCUGCCACACAGAAGUGUUGCCCAAGCGCCAGUGGCCGUGCAUGCGGCGAACCAAGCGGCCAGGGUCAAGCGAGUGGCCAGGGUCAAGGAAGCGGCUUGGGCCAGGGAAGCGGCUUCGGUCAAGGAAGUGGCUUUGGCCAGGGUAGUGGCUUCGGUCAGGGCCAGGGAAGCGGCUUCGGUCAAGGAAGUGGCUUUGGCCAGGGUAGUGGCUUCGGUCAGGGCCAGGGAAGCGGCUUCGGUCAAGGAAGUGGCUUUGGCCAGGGUAGUGGCUUCGGUCAGGGCCAGGGAAGCGGCUUCGGUCAAGGAAGUGGCUUUGGCCAGGGUAGUGGCUUCGGUCAGGGCCAGGGAAGUGGUUUUGGCCAGGGUCAAGGAAGUGGCUUUGGCCAGGGUAGUGGCUUCGGUCAGGGCCAGGGAAGCGGUUUUGGCCAGGGUCAAGGAAGUGGCUUUGGCCAGGGUAGUGGCUUCGGUCAGGGCCAGGGAAGUGGUUUUGGCCAGGGUCAAGGAAGUGGCUUUGGCCAGGGAAGUGGCUUCGGUCAAGGAAGCGGCUUUGGUCAGGGUAGUGGCUUCGGUCAGGGCCAGGGAAGCGGCUUCGGUCAAGGAAGCGGCUUUGGCCAGGGUAGUGGAUUCGGCCAGGGCCAGGGAAGCGGCUUUGGCCAGGGUAGUGGAUUCGGCCAGGGCCAGGGAAGCGGCUUUGGCCAGGGUAGUGGAUUCGGCCAGGGCCAGGGAAGCGGCUUUGGCCAGGGUAGUGGAUUCGGCCAGGGCCAGGGAAGCGGCUUUGGCCAGGGUCAAGGAAGCGGUCAGGGAAGUGGUCAGGGCAUCGGCCAGGGAAGUGGGUCUGGUCAGGGCAUCGGCCAGGGAAGUGGGUCUGGCAAGGGAAGUGGGUCUGGUCAGGGAAGAGGCAAGGGAAGUGGCUCUGGACAGGGUCAGGGAAGCGGCCAGGGAAGGGUCACUGGACAGGGUCAGGGAAGCGGCGCUGGUCAGGGAAGCGGCCAGGGAAGCGGCGCUGGACAGGGCCAGGGAAGCGGCGCUGGACAGGGCCAGGGAAGCGGCGCUGGACAGGGCCAGGGAAGCGGCGCUGGACAGGGCCAGGGAAGCGGCGCUGGACAGGGCCAGGGAAGCGGCCAGGGAAGCGGCCAGGGAAGCGGCGCUGGACAGGGCCAGGGAAGCGGCGCUGGACAGGGCCAGGGAAGCGGCGCUGGACAGGGCCAGGGAAGCGGCGCUGGACAGGGCCAGGGAAGCGGCCAGGGAAGCGGCGCUGGACAGGGCCAGGGAAGCGGCGCUGGACAGGGCCAGGGAAGCGGCCAGGGAAGCGGCGCUGGACAGGGCCAGGGAAGCGGCGCUGGACAGGGCCAGGGAAGCGGCGCUGGACAGGGCCAGGGAAGCGGCGCUGGACAGGGCCAGGGAAGCGGCCAGGGAAGCGGCGCUGGAUCGGGUCAGGGAAGCGGCUUGGGCCAGGGAAGCGGUCAGUGAAGUAGCCAGUCUUGCUCAGUUCCUCCUUCCCUCAAAUAAAAAGGAACUCACAUUUCAACUGC